CCGAUCGAUUAACUUGCGUCUGCUUUUAUUCACUUGUGACCUUUCGUAGCCAACAGAUAGCAGCCAUGCAGGCCACGACCCGCGUGCCGGCCAAGUCCGGUGUCUCCAGCUCGGCGAAGCGCGUUGCGGCUUCGGGUCGCCGUGUUCUGGUGGUCCCCAACGCGGUCAAGGAUGUGUUCAUGCCCGCGCUGAGCUCGACCAUGACUGAGGGGAAGAUCGUGUCCUGGCUGAAGAAUGUUGGCGACAAGGUCAAGAAGGGCGAGGCCCUGGUGGUCGUGGAGUCGGACAAGGCUGAUAUGGACGUCGAGUCUUUCGCCGAUGGCAUUCUGGGCGCGAUUGUCGUCCAGGAGGGCGAGCGCGCAGUGGUCGGCGCCCCGAUCGCCUUCGUGGCCGAAAACGCCAACGAGGUGGAGGAGGCCAAGAAGAAGGCCGCCGCUGCUGGUGGCGCUGCCCCCGCUGCCGCCCCCGCGGCCGCUGCUGCCCCUGCUCCGGCCCCCGCUGCUGCUCCGACCCCGGCCCCGGCUGCCGCGCCCGCUCCGGCCCCCGCCCCGGUCGCAGCCCCGGCGCCCCCGGCUCCCACCCCGGUCCCCGCGGCGCCUGUCGGCCGCGCGGAUGGCCGCAUUGUGGCGACCCCCUACGCUAAGCAGCUGGCUAAGGACCUGAAGGUUGACCUGGCCACCGUUGCCGGCACCGGCCCCAACGGCCGCAUCACUGCCGCUGAUGUGGAGGCCCGCGCUGCCGGCAAGGCCGUCGCCCCGGCUGCCGCGCCCGCCGCCGCGCCCGCGGCCGUCGCCGCCGCCCCCGCCGCCGCGCCGGCGAAGGCUGCCGCCCCGGCUGCCGCCCCCGCCAAGGCCACCACCGUGUCCGAGCUGCGCGGCACCACCAAGCCCUUCAGCACCCUGCAGGCCGCCGUGGCUCGCAACAUGAACGAGAGCCUGAAGGUGCCCGAGUUCCGCGUGUCGUACGCCAUCACCACCGACAAGCUGGACGCGCUGUACCAGCAGCUGAAGCCCAAGGGUGUCACCAUGACCGCCCUGCUGGCCAAGGCCUGCGGUGUGGCCCUGGCCAAGCACCCGCUGCUGUACGCUGCUUGCACUCCCGACGGCAACGGCAUCACCUACAGCAGCCAGAUUAACGUGGCGCUGGCCGUGGCCAUGCCCGACGGCGGUCUGAUCACCCCUGUGCUGAAGAACGCGGACUCCACGGACCUGUACCAGAUGUCGCGCAACUGGGCUGACCUGGUCAAGCGCGCUCGCUCCAAGCAGCUGCAGCCCGAUGAGUACAACAGCGGCAACUUCACCAUCUCCAACCUGGGCAUGUACGGCGUGGAGACCUUCGACGCCAUCCUGCCGCCCGGCACUGCCGCCAUCAUGGCGGUGGGCGGCUCCAAGCCCACCGUGGUGGCCAGCCCCGACGGCAUGAUCGGCGUGAAGAAGGUCAUGAACGUCAACCUGACGGCCGACCACCGCAUCGUGUACGGUGCCGACGCCGCCGAGUUCCUGCAGACGCUCAAGGCUGUGAUUGAGAACCCCGACCAGCUGCUGUUCUAAGCAGACCGGCUACUACACGCUGCAGCGGCUGUGCUUAGCAGCAGCUAAAGCUACUAGGUGGGCUGCAGGGUUAGCUGUGGCGGCUUGCAGCGCGCCUAGCGAAGGUGAUGGAUGGUGCAGCUGAUGGUUGGAUGCGCGGGUACCCAAGGAAAGGAGGAGGUUGGGCGCGGGCCCGUGCAGUGAGGUUGUGCGAGGACGUUGGAACUGUGGCGCGUACAGGGCGGUACAGGGUGCAGUUGAGCACCACAUAGAUAGAGCAGGGUGGCUUGAAUGCCAUUCCCUUGGACCGGAACUGUAUGGGCGGUGUUACGUGCUCGGACUGAUCGUGUUUGUGAGGUUGCUCGACGAUCGGCGCGCCGUGGAGCCUCUGUGACCAGCCACUCAUGCGGCGUUGGGUGUUGUUGGUGCAGUUGCGGAGGCGGGUUGGGGACGGGACUGCUACACAGUCGCGUGUGCGGCGAUUUUGUCGGGCCCAGGUGCCACCCGAGCCGCCGGCACUGAGGUGGCAUCGCUUUCCCAUGAGAAGAAAUGACUACUUGACAUGCGGGGGAUUGUGAGCCGGCUGCAAGGGCCGGGAGACAUCGCGUGACUGCCUCGAAUGGAUGGCCCUAUUGUGGCCCUUAUGUAAAGUUGCAAGCUACG